GGACGACCAUCGAAGACGCGCUCAACACGGAUCGGAUGUCGGAAAACGCCCACGCAGGUUUGGGGUUGAUAAAGGCAAAACAGCGGAUAACGGCGAAGCUUGGCCGAGUGAAUUGGGCGCCCGGGGCAAAACUCAUCUUAUCGGAGCUGAACACCUGGGCGCGCCCCCCCAAGAAGCGAAAUACGGACGGACGGUGGCCCCAGGACUUCUGCGCGACCGUGCCCAACCUUGGUCCGAUCCUUACGUGGG